AUGGCUUCCCAGAGUUCAGGAGCUUCACGAUUUCAUUCACCUGCAAAGGAGUUGCUCUGCGGGCAUGGUGAGAGGCCGAUUUUGCGAACUUCAUCCACGAAGGAUAAUCCGGGACGAAGAUUUUGGGGUUGCGUUCAGGAUGGCUGUGAUUUCUUCCGGUGGGUAGAUCCGGAACCUGGAGGUGCUCAGCAGGAGGUUGAAAUUGCAAGAACUAGGAGGAAGAUAACAAAAUUAAAGACAAGAUUGAGGGAGGUGGAAACGAAGCUUUGGGUUGUUGCUGCUCUAUGUAUUGCUGGUUGGGGGUAG